AUGGACCUAUCAUCGUACAUGAAAGACUUCUCCAUCAUCCAAGGCGUCCAUAGCACAACCUUUUCUACUCCCACAUUGAAUGGCGAGUUGACCGUUCCAGAUCUAUUUGCAUUUCACGCCGCACAUAGCAGCAAACACAAACUCUUCGUCUACGCGGACGGCGACGGCGUAGGAUUCAUAGACUAUGCCACGGCAUAUCGCGGGCAAGUCGUAGCCGCCGGACUCGUCAAAGCUGCGUACGAUCUGGGCAGCAAUCUGUACACUGAUGGGACCUUGCGGCCCGUGUUUGCUAUCCUGGCAAAUGCCGACUCUAUCAGUUAUGCAACUUUCAUGCUCGGUAUUCAGCGAACGGGCGCUGUGCCGUUUCCAAUAUCGACCCGGAACUCCGCGAUUGCGAUCGCCCACUUGAUUCGUUCGACCGGGGUGCACCAGAUGUUCACAAGUAAAGAUGCCGCGAUGACUGCCCUUGGUUCGAGCGCAAAGGAUAUCCUUUCUGCGGACAACUAUCGCCUUGAGCUGCUCGACAUGCCCCAAUUUGGGAUACUAUAUGACGACGCCUCGCCAUCGCCAACUAGCUAUAGUAUCGCACCGCUCUCGCCGGAGACGCCUGCGCUCAUACUACAUUCAAGUGGCACAAGUGCUUUUCCGAAACCAAUCCCAAUAACCCACCGCACUUGGGUCUCCUUUGGCCUCGGCUACUACUACGGCGAUGUUGACGUAUGUGGCAUCCGGCUCGGCGUUCAUGGGGCGCCAAUGUUUCAUGUAAUGGGCGCCUCGCUACUUAUCUUCGCUGCCUGCACUGGCUUGGAACUCGCAGUCUUCAAGCCUUCGCACCCUCCCAUUGUGCCUAGUGCAUCGACUUUUUAUGAAGGUGUCGUUCAAUCAGGGUCAGAGUGGGUGGUCGCAGUGCCAUCUCUCAUCGAGGAAUGGUGGCAGGAUCCGACGAAAGCGACCCAGCUUGCAAGCCGUGUGAAGCGUAUUGCGUACGGCGGAUCACCUUUGAACAAGUCAGUGGGGGAUGUCAUUCACUCACAGGGCAUCGUAUUAGAUUGCUGGUACGGAACAACCGAGACUGGACCUCUCUGCUUCCUGAUGGAUUCGGCCGAUGGGCGUCCAGAGGAGUGGGAAUACUUUCGCCUUCCGAGCGCGAAACUCGCAACCUUCAAACUCAUGCCGCAGGGCGAUCAGGAGGGUCUCUUCGAACUGUUUCUCAUGGCUGGAGAGCGCUUUGGACCCAGUGUCUUCAAUGUAACCCUUGACGGAAACUCCGGAUACGCGAUCGGCGACCUUAUACAAGAGCACCCGUUGCACAAGGGUUAUUUCAAGCUUCAUGGGCGCGCGGACGAGCAGAUCAUACUGUCAACGGGAGAAAAGACCAAUCCGGUACCACUCGAGCGCAUUCUUACACAGGAUCCCAACAUACAUGUCGCGGUAUUGUUUGGACGAGGACGCUUCAUGAACGGUGCACUGGUACAGCCGGUCAAUUCCUUUGACCCCAGCGAUGCUGCGAAGGUAGCCGACUUCCGUAAUCUCGUAUGGCCGACGGUAAACGCGAUGAAUACCUAUGCACCUGCGCACUCUCGUUUGCUCAAGGAGAUGAUCCUCGUAGCAAGUCCUGAUAAGCCCCUCGAGCUCACGGCCAAAGGCAAUCCGAGGCGCAAUAUCUGUCUUGCGGCAUACGAGAAGGAGAUAGAAACCAUCUAUAGCAACGUCGAGGAGUCCUCAAAUGUCGGGCCCGAACCACCUGCGCUCUGGACCCCGGUCGAAACCUUGGACUACAUACGUGCUGUAGUCAAGACGAUCAUGGGACAGGACCUCGGAGACGGUGACGAACUGUUCUCUCUUGGGUGUGAUAGUCUGCGAGCGGCAUACAUUCGGAACAACAUCGUUCGCGCUCUUCGUGCAUCAGGUCCAACAUCCACUCUAGUCUCGCAAGUCCCUCAAAACCUCGUAUAUCGGAAUCCGUCUAUACGCGCACUCAGCGACUACGUCUUAUCCCUCGUGAGCGGUAGCGACGGUCUGUCCAAGGACAUCGAUCUUCAUCGGCACGCCGGCGCAAUGGAGAGUAUGGUGGACAAGUAUAGCGCUGGCUUCACUUCCAUGCCCCUGCCGUCCGGAGCUGGCACCUCUCCUGAAGAGGUCGUACUGAUCACUGGUACUACCGGGCGCCUUGGGUCACACCUUUUGGCACAGCUUCUCAUGGACCCCGGUGUUCAUCACGUCUAUGCUCUGAACCGUGCGUCUGUGGGAAACACCUCCUUUGACGCGAUGCUCCAGCGUAUGCGCGCCUCUUUUGAGCUAUGGGGGUUACCUUCCGCUCUGCUCUCAGAUGGGAAGGUCACGUUGCUCUUGGGUGACUAUGCGCAGGAGAACCUGGGCAUAGAGCUGUCCAUGUACGCCAAGCUGAAAGGUCAAGUUACAACGAUUAUCCACAACGCUUGGCGUGUCGACUUCAAUAUCGCGCUUUCCGGUUUCGAACCCCUCAUCAAGGGCGUGCGGCACCUCAUAGAUCUCGCGAUCGGCGCUUCUGUGGACGGAGGCGCGCGCUUCGUCUUCAUCAGCUCCAUAGCAGUUCUUCAAGGCUCCCCUCCAGAAGAUACUGCGCUGGAGGUGCCCAUCGCAGAUGCAGCGUUAGCAGCAGGCAUGGGGUACGGUGAGAGCAAGUGGGUUGCCGAGAGUGUAUUGCUGCGGGCACGCGACACGGUCGGUCUACGCGUUGCCAUCGUGCGAGUUGGACAGCUCGCUGGGGACACGGGAACGGGAGGUUGGAACAAGCAGGAGUGGGUCGGCGCGAUAGCGCGUCUAGGGCAGAUUGUCCGCGCGCUCCCGGAUGGCAAUGAGCCGGUUUCAUGGGUGCCCGUUGACGUUGCCGCAUCCGCACUCAUCGACGUCAUGCGCGCCGACGGGCUUGUCUUCCACCUCGUAGCGCCGCACCCCUCCAAUUGGCGCACCAUAUUCGGCACAUUCGCCGCCCACCUUGAAGUCCCACUCGUCGAGUAUAGAGAGUGGGCUACGCGGGUAAGCACGGCUGCGGAGACAAGUGUCGCCCAGGAUGAUGCACAGCUACUUGCGCUGGCGGACUUCUUCCGAGACGGCCGCAUUGGUGAGGAGAUGAAGAUGGACUCUGCACGUAUGUGUGAGGCCUCGCCCAUUCUUGCAGCCAUGCCGCCCCUUGGAGAGAAGGAUGCCUUGCUCUAUCUCGGCUUCUGGGAGAAGAUCGGGCAUCUACGUCCGAGGACCGAUUCCGCCUGA